AUGUACCCUCGGUCCUUUCGUGAGACCAUUCUGUCUAGGACCGACACUGACCCUUCUCUCUCUUUUCUCGUGCAGGUGUCAACCAACCAGAACCCGUCGACGACCCCGGCGCCCGUCAAAAAAGAUCUCCAGGCCCCCCAACCGACACCACUGGAGAAGAGGUUACGGGAUAUGGGCCCGAUCCGGGGCGAUGGUAGUGAUAAGUUUUUUGGCAUGGAAAACGUGAGUCGGCGGUGCCCGGUACGGGGCGAGGGAGGACGGUGUGCUGACCGAGCCUGCAUCUCACAGUAUGGAAAUACCUGCUACUGCAACUCGAUCUUACAAUGUCUCUAUUAUUCCGUUCCCUUUCGUGAAGCCGUGAUCAACUACCCUCAGCGGACUCCGGUCGAGAGCCUCGAGGCCGCGCUCGCCAACAACCUGCGGUACCAGAACCCGAAUGCGCAUCUGGAGGCCGAGGCCCAAGCAGCCAAGCAGAAGGCUGCUGCCACCUCGCCCUCGUCGCGACAAGCCGGCGUCCCUCCCGCACAACCUCAGAAACCAGAAGACAAGGAUUCGCCAGAAUACAAGAAGAAAGUGGCCCUACAGACGUUACCGAUUCUCGAGACGAAGAACAACGCGACCAGUUAUGGCAUGUCGGAAUCGCUGUUUACUUCCCUGAAGGAUAUUUUCGAGUCGGUGGUGGGUAGCCAGUCGCGAAUCGGGGUUGUUCGACCGCAGCAGUUCCUGGAUGUGUUGCGACGCGAGCACGAAAUGUUUCGAACCGCCAUGCAUCAGGAUGCACACGAGUUUUUGAAUAUGCUGCUCAAUGAAGUCGUGUCGAAUGUCGAGACGGAGGCGACGAAGCAAACUUUUACGGAAAAGACCCUGCCUCCGACGGAGAGUGCAGACUCGCUGGGCAUGCUCACGUCGAGCACAGGCUCCAAAUCCCCCAACACCACGCGAUGGGUGCAUGAGCUGUUCGAGGGAACUUUGACGUCAGAGACUAAGUGUUUGACUUGCGAGAAGGUCUCCCAGCGAGACGAGGUGUUUCUGGAUCUCUCGGUCGACCUCGAGCAGCAUUCUUCUGUGACAUCUUGUCUCCGCAAAUUCUCCGCAGAGGAGAUGCUUUGCGAGCGAAACAAAUUUCACUGCGAUAACUGCGGUGGCCUCCAAGAGGCUGAGAAGCGUAUGAAGAUCAAACGCCUACCCCGCGUACUGGCCUUGCAUCUCAAACGCUUCAAGUACACUGAAGACCUACAACGACUGCAGAAGCUGUUCCACCGUGUGGUCUACCCUUAUCACCUUCGCUUGUUCAACACUACAGAUGAUGCCGAAGACCCAGAUCGGCUUUAUGAAUUGUAUGCGGUGGUGGUUCAUAUCGGCGGAGGCCCAUAUCAUGGCCACUACGUCGCCAUCAUCAAGACGGAAGACCGGGGGUGGCUGUUAUUUGACGACGAGCUGGUGGAGCCCGUGGAUAAGAACUAUGUCCGCAAUUUCUUUGGGGACAAGCCAGGUCUGGCGUGUGCCUAUGUCCUGUUCUAUCAGGAGACAACACUCGAAGCAGUCAUGAAAGAACAAGCACAAGAAGACCAGGCGUCCGCCACUGCACACUCUGAUGUGGGGGAGACAGGAAAGUCUAACGGAGUCCCAUUGUCUCCGCACCUAGCCCAUGUGCACAGCGCAUCCCAGGUACCGUCUGAUGAUCCCAAUCGACUUGCCCCUAUCCACCGAACACCGACUGCUCCCCAGAUGUCCACCCACCCCGAAACACAGGAGCCUGAUAACUCUUCACCACCGGCCGCCGCACCGCCUCUGCCACCUAUUCCCGAUGAGCCGACCCCACAGCUGAGCCCGCGGAAGAGCGACGUUCAGUCUCGGAAGGACAAGGCUCGAGAAGAGAAAGAGCGGCGUGCUGCGGAGAAAGAGAAGGAUAAGCACGACAAGAUUCGCCGCAAAGAACUUGACUUGCAGCAACGGGAGCAGCACCGCGAGCAGCACCGGCGGGAAGCGGAGGACAUGAAGAUGGCUAUCGAGCUCAGCAAAGCCGACGGACUUGAUAUUGGCCCCGAGAAUGGAUCGCCAAAGAAGUCAUCUCACUUCAACAUUUUCAAAAGAAGCAGUCGCAGCCUGAGCCAGCGUCUAACCAAGGACAAAGAGCCCCGGAUGUCAGCAUCGGAGUUGGCAGCAUCGCCGAUGCCUGAAGUGCCGCCCAAGGAGUCGGAGCUGAUUCGGCCACCGGUGCCUCCCAAGGACAACCCGGUGCUCUCCAAUCCCAAGAUGGCCUCACGGGCACCUGAGCCUGUGACCAAAGACCACCGUCAAAACCACAAUCACAAUCAUUACAAUCACAACGGCAAGACGGGACACACUCACCGGUGGAGAUCGCUCAGUUUCAAGAAGUCAUGA